AACGAAAUAAUUAUGAUGUCCGAAUGGAUAUUACUGGAGUUAUUCGGUGCUUUGUUCAUCAUAAUAAUCGGAAUAUAUUUUUAUUUUAAAUUAAUUGUUUUUAACUUUUGGCGAAGGAAAAGUGUACCGUACGAAGAACCAACGUUUCCAGCUGGAAAUAUCACCGAUGCAAUUCUUAAUAAAAAAUCCAUUCCUGAAAUUUUCAAAGAAAUUUACAUGAGGUACAAAUCGUAUCCUUUUGUCGGAGUAUAUUCGUUUUUCAAACCAAUUUUGAUGAUCAAUGACCCCGAUUUGAUACGUUUCGUAAUGGCGAAAGAAUUUUCAAGUUUUCAUGAUCGUGGAAUUUAUUGCAACGAAAAGAUCGAUCCACUUUCAGGACAUUUGUUUCUUUUACCUGGAACCAAAUGGAAAAAGUUACGUGUACGUUUGACACCUACUUUUACGUCAGGAAAAAUCAAAUAUAUGUUCGAAACUUUACAAGAAAAUGGAAUUUUGUUGGAAAAAUUCCUUGAGAAGAAAGUUCAUGAGAGAAAUGAAAUCGACAUAAAGGAGAUCUUUGCUGGUUUUUUCACAGAUAUCAUAAUGUCGACUGCAUUUGGAAUAAAUUGUAAUUGUCUGGAACAUCCAGAAUCAGAAUUUCGUUAUUGGGGUAAAAAGGUGUUUGAGCCGAAGCCAUUCAUAAACACGAUGAUGGUAUUUGCUUCUCAAAUAAUGGAAAUUUUCUCGAUACCACUUAAUGAUAAAGGAGUGUCAAAAUUUUUCUUAAAAGUUUUCGAGGAGACCGUGGAGUAUCGAAACACACAUAACAUUACGAGACGUGAUUUCCUUAACUUAAUAAUGCAAUUGAUGAAGGACGGAUACGUAAAAAAUGAUGAGGAAAAACAAACUGAUCCAGUCGACAAUGCACCGACGAAAUUAGAAAAAUUCAGUAUGUUAGAAGGGGCAGCUCAAGCAUUUGUUUUUUAUGUGGCUGGUUUUGAGACUACAUCGUCAACGGUGACGUUUUGCCUUUACGAAUUGGCCUUGAAUCAAGAUAUUCAAAAAAAAACACAAGUAGAGAUUGAUAAAAUUAUAAAAAAACAUGGAGGUAUCUCGUAUAAUGUUAUCAACGAGAUGACUUAUCUUCAUAUGGUUGUAUGCGAAACCUUAAGAAAAUAUCCACCUGUGCCUAUUUUGAAUCGUGUAUGUACCAAGGAGAUCAAAUUGCCUAAUUCUAAUGUCAUCAUACCCGAAGGCACUGGUGUGGUUAUUCCUCUUUUUGGAAUACAUAGAGAUCCUAAUAUUUAUCCCGAACCAGAGAAAUUUAUUCCUGAACGAUUCUCGGAAGAACAAAAUCGUGGUAGACAUCAAUAUACCUAUAUGCCAUUUGGAGAAGGACCAAGAAUAUGUAUUGGUAUGAGAUUUGCUCUGGUGCAAACAAAAGUUGCUCUUAUGAAUGCCCUGAAUAAGUUUACGUUCUUACCAGGACCAAACACACCGAGGAAGCUCGAAUUUACGGCAGGAACUAUAACAAUAGAUACGAAAUGUGGCAUAUAUCUUCAAAUCCAGCAGAGAUCAUACUUAAUAAUUAUGAUGGUGGUCUGGAUAUUAUCACAGUUAUUUGGUGUUUUGUUUCUCAUCACAAUUAUUAUAUAUUUGUAUUUUAAAUUAAUUAUUUUCAACUUUUGGAAAAAGAAAGGUGUACCGUACGAGGAACCAACGUUUCCAGCUGGAAAUAUCAAUGAUGCUAUAUUUAAUAAAAAAUCGAUUGGAGUUGUUUUCGAAGACAUUUACAGAAAAUACAAAUCGCUCCCUUAUGUCGGAAUAUAUUCACUUUUCAAACCAAAUCUAAUAAUCAAUGAUCACGAUUUGAUACGUUUCGUGAUGGCGAAAGAAUUUUCAAGUUUCCAUGAUCGUGGAAUUUAUUGCAACGAAAAGAUCGAUCCACUUUCAGGACAUUUGUUUCUUUUAUCUGGGACCAAAUGGAAAAAUUUACGUGUACGUUUGACACCUACUUUUACGUCAGGAAAAAUCAAAUAUAUGUUCGAAACUUUACAAGAAAAUGGAAUUCUGUUGGAAAAAUUCCUUGAGAAGAAAGUUCAUGAGAGAAAUGAAAUCAACAUAAAGGAGAUAUUUGCUAGUUUUUUCACAGAUAUCAUAAUGUCGACUGCAUUUGGAAUAAAUUGUAAUUGUCUGGAACAUCCAGAGUCAGAAUUUCGUUAUUGGAGUAAAAAGGUGUUUGAGCCGAAGCCAUUCAUAAACACGAUGAUGAUAUUUGCUCCUCAAAUAAUGGAAAUUUUCUCGAUACCAUUUAAUAAUAGAGGAGUGUCCAAAUUUUUCUUAAAAGUUUUCGAAAAGACCGUGGAGUAUCGAAACACACAUAACAUUACGAGACGUGAUUUCCUUAACUUGAUAAUGCAAUUGAUGAAGGACGGAUACGUCAAAAAUGACGAGGAAAAACAAACUGAUCCAGUCGACAAUGCACCGACGAAAUUAGAAAAAUUCAGUAUGUUAGAAGGGGCAGCUCAAGCAUUUGUUUUUUAUGUGGCUGGUUUUGAGACUUCAUCGUCAACGGUGACGUUUUGCCUUUACGAAUUGGCCUUAAAUCCAGAUGUUCAAAAGAAAACACAGGAAGAGAUUGAUAGAGUUAUAAAGAAACACGGAGGUAUCUCGUACAAUGCUAUCAAUGAGAUGACUUAUCUUCAUAUGGUUAUAUGCGAAACAUUAAGGAAAUAUCCAGCUGCGCCUAUUUUGAAUCGUGUAUGUACCAAGGAGAUCAAAUUGCCUAAUUCUAAUAUCAUUAUACCGGAAGGCACUGGUGUGAUUAUUCCUGUUCUUGGAAUACAUAGAGAUCCUAAUAUUUAUCCCGAACCAGAGAAAUUUAUUCCUGAACGAUUCUCGGAAGAACAAAUACGUGAUAGACAUCAAUAUACUUAUUUGCCGUUUGGAGAAGGACCAAGAAUAUGUAUUGGUAUGAGAUUCGGUCUAAUUCAAACGAAAGUUGCCCUUGCGUAUGCCUUGAAGAAGUUUACAUUCUUGCCAGGAAGAAAAACACAAAGGACUCUCAGUUUUAUACCAGGAAUUCUGACAUUGGAUACGAAAGAUGGCAUAUGUCUUCAAAUCCAACAUAGAUCAUAGUACUAUUAUUGUUAUUUUUUAAAAAUAACACUAUGUUAUUUUAAACAAAUAACAAUAAAAUAUAAUGAUAAAAAUAUGGAUAAUAUAUAUGAUAAAAUAUAAGAAU